GUGGGGCCUCGGGGUUGGGGUGUCGGUCUGGCCCGGUGCCGGUCCUAGUCCCAGACCGGUUGGACGUGGUAGGAUGCGGGCUCAGGGUCGACGUUCAGAGAGUGAGGAUUUGCGGCGGCCUCGGAGCUUUAUAGUUGCUGGCCUGGUGGCUGGGGCCGGAGGCUGGGAGCAGUCGGGGGGCUGAAGGGCUACGCGAAGCGGAACAGAUCACGACCCGAGCCCGAGGCUCAGUGACGGACGCCGCUCUGCUGCCCUUCACAGCGGGCGGUGACUGCAGCGGCCUGGGCUGAAGUGGGAAGUGUUUUGUCCUCGGCUGACGGACAGCCAACGUCAGCAGUCUCGCUGCUCUAUUUACCGAUCUCUUAUUGUAACUGCUCCAUAGUAAUUUUAAUAUCUUUUGUUUGUAAUUGAUUAGCCUUGCACUGUCCUGCUACAAACAACCCUUUUCACAUCUGUCACUGAUUCUGAGUGUUGCGUAGUGGCUGAUUUCCCCGGGACCAGGGCACUGUGAUGGUCGGGAGCCCAGUCACGGAUUGUGAAUGUGUUGAGAGACGCCAGCACUUUGGGACACAUUGUCCCAAUACACGCUGCUCGGAAUUGGAAAGCUUGUUGCUGGUGAUCAGUUAUCGUGUUUCGGUUCAUUGCAGGAUCUUCUGAAGAUGCUGCUUUAAUCUUCGCCAGAAGGAAGGACUGUCCGGCCCAGUGUCCUCUCUGAGGCUGGAGUGACCACUAUGGCGAAGUCCUUGUGGACAAAGUUGAAGUCGUUGCCCCACCGGCAGGACCAAGCUUGCGUAGAUCUGACGAGUGACACUGUCGCGCUGGACUUCGCUGAUGAUGUGCAGGAUGAAGAGGCGCCCACGUUCACCAGUGCGAGUAUCCUGCAAGUGGACGCAUGGGGCCGGGCGGAUGGGAGUAGGGAGCUGCAGACUGUGGUUUGCAAUGGGACCAGCGGGGCCAGUGACGAGGAGGAUACGGCGGCUCUGCAGAAGCCAGAGCUCAGGGGCCGUGGACUGUACGGUGAGGAGGAAUGCAGUCACUGCGUUAAAAACUCCGAACAGGUCAGACAGAGAACAGUGAAGAGAAAACUCUGGGUCGCUCUUACGCUCUAUGGUUUAUUUACCAUUGGAGAGCUUGUGGGAGGAUGGCUGUCGAACAGCCUAGCAGUUAUGACGGACGCUGUUCACAUGCUGGCCGAUGUGCUGGGGAUUGCAGCUUCCUUGGUCGCACUCUACCUUUCUGCAAGGCCUCCAACCAGCAGGUUCACUUUUGGUUGGCAUCGGUUUGAGGCUCUAGCUGCCAUGCUCAGUGUGUUCCUGAUCUACGCCGUUACCAUUGGCCUGGUGUAUGAGGCCGUUCAGAGGACCAUCCACCAGGACUUCGAGAUCCAUGCCGAUGUGAUGAUCAUCAUUGCAGCCGUUGGAGUCGCCAUCAACCUCAUAAUGGGAUUUUUGCUGAAGCAGUCCACCCAUUCCCAUUCCCACUCUCCUUCGGAAAAGGCUGCCAGAGCGGCUCCCGAGAAUGCUGCCAGGCAUUCCGAUCACUCCGGGAAUCUGGCCGUGCGGGCGGCGUUCAUCCACGCUCUGGGUGACGUGGUGCAGAGUGUCGGUGUCCUGGUCGCAGCUUAUAUCAUCCGCUUUAAACCGGCCUACAAGAUUGCUGACCCGAUCUGCACCUACAUCUUCUCCUUUCUUGUUCUGUGCACGACCUUCCGGAUAGUACGGGAUACAGCUCUCAUCUUUCUUGAAGGUACUCCUCGGCACCUUGAUGUUGAUCACAUUCGGGACUCUUUGCUGAAGAUUGAAGAUGUCCACUCUGUUCAGGAUCUGAAUGUGUGGUCACUAACUGUGGGGAAAACAGCAGCCAUCGUUCACUUGAGGCUGGUUCCAGAGGGGACGUCCAGGUGGGAAGAUGUUCAGUGCAAGGCUCGUCAUGUCUUGAGGCAUUCCUACGGCGUACACCAGUGUAGUGUCCAGCUGCAGGUCUACAAGGAGUCAUCGGACAGUGUUUGCACGAAGUGUGGGUCCUUGGAUCUUUAGGGAGCUGCUCGUUAAAGUUAGUGCCUUGUGGUACAGAUCCAGGUUCAGUUGUCACCCUGACUGCACUUGUGGAAAGCCAGCUGUUUAUUGCAACCCAGCAAUGUGCCUCCUCCCUCUCUCACUGCCGUGACCCCUCCCCAGCAGCUGUUCCUCAGGGAGUCUCUGAUCAUGACUUUUGCCUGUUUUCCCAGGUUCCUGUGCUCAACAGUCGACUUGUUCACUUAACCUUUCAAACUUUUUACUCAUCGCAUGAAACUUUAGCUGUUCAUGUGAGAGAGCUCAGAGUUUUCAGUGCUGAUCCGUGGCCAACCACUGCUGCUGCUUCUGGGGACUAGGAGCAUUGUGGUGAGAUGGUGACUGAACUGCCUAGCACAGUGCUAGAGGGCGGAAUGGCCUCUAAGGGAAUACUGUGCUGGACUAUUCUAUGGGAGCUGAUUGGAGGCUGGGCACUUGAUCAGUGGAGCCAGGUAUUGCCUUGGCCCACAGUUGUGGACAGUAACUGGUGGAGAAAUUCAUACCUCUCCACCUUAACCCUUUCAGCCAUCCUUGCAUCUGAGCUCCCAGCACCUCUCGGUGGGGACUGAAACCCCAGUUACAGUUUGGCCAGCCGGCAGCAUUGUUUGAGCAGGAGAUGGUUUGCAUUGAGACCCUUCAUUUCCCAGAGGAGCUCGUUCCUUUAAAACCAACAUUUAAAUGUAGAUGUGCCAAGAUUCAGCAGGAAAAAUUACUUCAAAUCAUGUCAGGAACAUGAGAAAAUCUGUAGACACUGGAAAUCCAAAGCAACUCACAAAAUGCUGGAGGAACUCAGCAGGUCAGGUAGCAUCUAUGGAAAAGAGGACAGUCGACAUUCUGGGCAGAGACCCUUCAGCAGGUUUGUGUGUGUUGCUUCGAAUCACAUGCAGUGCUCUGGGAUGGGAUUUGGAAGAUGAAUUUUCAGUAUUCAAUGUUUACCAGUACCUGUAGAUUUAACACCUCGAACGUUUAACCUGUGCCUGUGACCUCAGCCUCUCCAUUCACAACAGGAAUGAUCUUUAAUCUGCUUGGAGAAAUCAGCCAAUUUAAACAUGUUUAAAACAAGUGACCAUUUGUACAAUCUGGGAAGACUAUUUUUAUAAUUUAUAUGAAUGUAACUGCAGGGUUUCUGACAGCUGUGAAGUUACAGGAGAUGCUGUUGUCCUGUGUAAUCUGGUCUCCUCGAAGUUAAUCAAAUCAUCAUUAUUCAGUGUUGUGUACAAUUCCAGAAGCAGUGUAUUGUUGGACAAGAAACAUUCAUAAAGUUCAGCCUUUGUGCCAGGUUUCACUAUC